GUGGGAUUUGAGCACCUGACUAAAGUAACGGGAAACUGCUGAUCACUGGAUGAACGCGCGCUGGAACCUUUUAAUUUAAUUGCUAAAUGGAUUAAUGAACCGUAAUUCUUAUUUUUGCUUUGCUGUCUCUUUGAAAGUCAAAGAAGAUGGACUGAACCCAAGCACUCUAUUGAUCUGUGUUUUAUUUGGCAGUGCUUUGUAAUGAUCUUCUAAUGUCUCUGAAGGAUGUUCACCAAGAGUCACAAUGAGCUGUCAAACCAUUCAUCUGUAAUGCAUUGUGCCUUUUAAAUAGAUUGAACCAGACUGACUAGAAAUAAUAGAGUAUAAUAGAAUAUUUAACUUGUAGAGCAAAAUAUUUUCUGAGCUUAGCUACGACCGUCUGUCAGUGUCAGGUCACCGCUUUGUUUCGUGUCCAUCGACGUCAUUUUCAAAGGAUACGAUUACGAAGUAGGCCUACGACAAGUUUCCGUUUUGUAGAACAUGAGAAAGUCUUUUUUCAGACGAGCAAAGUUAUUGCCGUGGAUAAGCAACGUGACUCUGUACGGGUGCUUGUUCGCCGGUGGGGACUUCGUGCAUCAGUGUAUGAUCGCGCGGAGAGAUGAAAUGGACUGGAGGCACACGAGAAACGUGGCGAUCGUGGCGCUGAGCUUUCAAGGUAACUUCAAUUACUUCUGGUUGCGAGCUUUAGAGCAUCGUUUCCCGGGAAGAUCGGCCGGUAUGAUUUUACGCAAACUGCUUUUGGACCAAACUUUUGCUUCACCUUUGGCGACCAGUGUCUUCUACACAGGUGUGAGUUUCUUGGAAGGCAAAGAGGACAUAUUUGCAGACUGGCGAGAAAAGUUUUUAAAUACAUACAAGACUGGACUAAUGUACUGGCCAUUCAUGCAGUUUCUGAAUUUUGUUCUGUUGCCUCUCUACCUGAGGAUGGCAUUCAUGGGCUGUUCAGCGUUCCUGUGGGCCACGUUCUUAUGUUUCUCGCGACAGAGUGGGGAUGGCACAGCAGGAGUAGCCUUAGCUUGGAUCAUGGCCCCCAAAAAACGGAUUCUACCUCGCAGUACAGACGAGGAAAAAUAGAGACACAGUGGCACAUAUGAACAACAUAGUGCCUUUGCGGAUGGACAGUUCAGUCCCACUAUGGCACUGUAUCGAGGCUGUGAUGUGUUUAUAAAUCUUGUUGCUUACUAUCUUAUUAAGAGUGAUAUUAAAUUAACUUGUACGUGUACACCUUUCAUUUAUUUUUAUGUUGAACAACCCAAUUUUACAUUAUAUAGUUUAAUGUUUUAUGUGAUUCAAUUUAUUUAUUUAUUACUGAAAGGAAAUGCAUUGUGUGUUUAUGAAUUUCACUGGGUGGGUUGGAAGGGCCUUGCGACAUAUGUGCCCCAGGUUAGGUUGCCAUUCAUCCCAAAUAGCUUAUGAAUUUAUUGAAAUAUUUUAAAAAUGGACAUACUGUGCAGUGUUUUAUCCAAACGUAACCGUCUUUCUAAAGAGAAAUAAAGAAGCAUUUACUCAUAAGGUUUACAUGCAUGUGUACUCAUAAGGGAUGCAGUAUUAAAAAGAUUUGUAUCUUAUUAAACUUGUAAAAAAUAUAUUUAUUGUUAUUAUGUCAGGAUCAUAGACUGUCUGUAUCAUGUUUUGUUUCCGUAGUGUUUC